AUGGCCACGCGCAGCGCUGCGGAUAUUGGCCGGGACGGCGAUACGGGUGAGGCUCCGUUGGCGGCGCCCCAGGUCGAGGGUGGCAGCAAACAUUUGCCUGCCUUUGGGACGGGGUAUCUUGUAGAAUGGGAUAUUGGAUUGUGUUUGGGAACAUGGGCUCCAGGUUUCGAUGUGCGUACUUGUGGGAUACACCCAAGCCGUCUUGCAGCCAUUCUGUCCGAUUCCAUCUUCUUCACUCUCAACCCAUGCCCUUUGAUAUCUCAGAAGGCAGGCCAAGAAACCUUCCAGCCCAUCCCGCAACGAAGGUCCUCCGGCAAACGCCGCCAGCUCCUCUCCUCCCCUUCACGCCUCUUCACCACCUUCCUCACAGAGAUCCAGAUCAGACCGACUAUUCCGUCUGGCUGGACAUCCCAUACCUCUGCAGUAAAGCCUGUUCUCAGGCCCUCGAAGCGACACAUCUCAACCCAGACCGCCGGUCUCGAUAAGCGAACCCCGUACGCUGGAAAGUUACGGGGGGAGAGGUCGCUUCCGUCCCAGCAGGCCUGCAACGUGCCCCACAUGGUGGCCAGCGACUCAGUCCACGCUGGAAAAUACUAA